AGAAGCUGGCGGCGUGGGGGGCGGGCCGGGCCGGGGCGGGGCGGGGAAGGAAGGUGGCGGCGGCCCGGCGCUGGGGGAGGGGGGCGCUGACCCGGAUGUUCACUCCUGGGCACCCGGGGAAGUGGAAGCGCCGGGCCCUACUGCGGGGGGGAGAGCCUCAGUCGCCGGUACCGGGACCGCCGCCACCGCCGCCACCAUGAGUGAUCAGCAGCUGGACUGUGCCUUGGACCUAAUGAGGCGACUGCCUCCACAACAAAUUGAGAAAAACCUCAGUGACCUGAUCGACCUGGUCCCCAGUCUGUGUGAAGAUCUCCUAUCUUCUGUUGACCAGCCACUGAAAAUUGCCAGAGACAAGGUGGUGGGGAAGGAUUACCUUUUGUGUGACUACAACAGAGAUGGGGACUCCUAUAGGUCACCAUGGAGUAACAAGUAUGACCCUCCUUUGGAAGAUGGGGCCAUGCCGUCUGCUCGGCUGAGAAAGCUGGAGGUGGAAGCCAACAAUGCCUUUGACCAGUACCGAGACCUGUAUUUUGAAGGUGGCGUCUCGUCUGUCUACCUCUGGGAUCUGGAUCAUGGCUUUGCUGGAGUGAUCCUCAUAAAGAAGGCUGGAGAUGGAUCAAAGAAGAUCAAAGGCUGCUGGGAUUCUAUCCAUGUGGUAGAAGUGCAGGAGAAGUCCAGUGGCCGCACUGCCCAUUACAAGUUGACCUCCACGGUGAUGCUGUGGCUGCAAACCAAUAAAUCUGGCUCGGGCACCAUGAACCUUGGAGGCAGCCUUACCAGACAGAUGGAGAAGGAUGAAACUGUGAGUGACUGCUCCCCACACAUAGCCAAUAUCGGGCGUCUGGUAGAGGACAUGGAAAAUAAAAUCAGAAGUACGCUGAAUGAGAUCUACUUUGGGAAAACAAAGGAUAUCGUCAACGGGCUGAGAUCUCUUGACGCUAUCCCUGACAACCACAAGUUUAAGCAGCUGCAGAGGGAGCUCUCGCAGGUGCUGACCCAGCGCCAGGUCUACAUCCAGCCUGAUAACUGAGUCGAUCCAGGUCUGUGCAGACUUUUGCAGACAAAUCAAAACAAGAAGCUCUUAAAAAUGACCUGGUGGAGGCUUUGAAGAGAAAGCAGCAAUGUUAAACCUCUGCUUCAUGCUAACCGGAUGCCAUGCACUCGUUAGAUUCCUUUCUUAGAAAACUCAUGUUCUGCUCCCUCUCCCUUGCCCCUUCCCUCCCGCAGGUCACAUAACGAUUUACGUCACCGCGCACACAGCGCCAUCUCUCCCACCAAUAAAGCCCAGUAACCAUCUCCUUGGCUCUGAGGCCCGCUUCCCACCACGUUUUGCUAUUGAGACUCAGUACUUCCAUAGAGACCAUGUGUUUUUUGUUCGCCUGGGCCCCGUCUUCCUCCCUUUCCCAUUUAUAGGCAUAAAUACACUGUCUGUCAGCCACCCCCUCCCUCCCACCUUUUUGUUACAUUGGUGUAAAAAAUGUAAAACAAAAAUUUUAUGAAAUAACUGUGGUGUGUGAAAGAUAGAAGAAAAACUGGAAAUCUGAUUCCAUGUGUGUUUGGGAGUUGCUUGGGGUCGGGGGGACAGCGGACAGCUCUGGAGGAAGGAGAGGUGGCCCUCAGCACUGUCCUGCGCAGAUGUGCCCCUGCGCCGUGGAGUCCGCGGUGGAGGGUGGAGGCCAGCAACCGUCUGCUCUUUUGGCCAGGUGCUUUUCUGUCAAUUUUUAUGGAAUGCAAAAGGAGUUUUUUGUUUUAUUUUGGUUUUUUUUUUGUAAAGCUUAAACAAAAAAUCUACAUCUUAUACUUGAGCCUCCAUACUUAAAAAAAAAAAAGGAAAAAAAGAACAAAAAAAUAAAUAAAAAGAAACUGGGACGCAGUUAGC